AUGGAGGAAAACGAUCAAUCGCAGAAUAUACCUUUAUUAUGCCGUAAAGGAUGUGGAUUUUAUGGCAGUCCUAAUUUUGAUGGAUUUUGUUCCAAGUGUCAUCGCAGUAUGCAGGUCCAGGCGGAAAAUGUACAGGCAGUCUCUCGCGUAACUUCCGACUUCGAAGAUAAGCUGUCUCCUGAAAGAAGUGUAAAGAUUACAGCCUCUUCAGGUGAAAAUUUCUCCAAACGUGAUUCAGCAUUGGUACCUCCUGUGACCAUCAAGAUUUCUUCCGAUCCUCAUACAGAUUCUUCGCUGAACCUUAAUGCAGAAUCAAAUCUAACCCUUGCAUCAUCAGCUCCUGAACUGCGUACAGAGACUAAAGUAGCUUCCAUUGGGUUGCCGGACUCGUUAAAUGAUGAUCUAAAGUCGGAUAGUAAACCAGAUUCUCCUGCAUCCACGUCCUCUUCUGGACCAGCAACGAAAACCAGACCACGCUGCGCUGUGUGUCACAAACGUGUGGGUUUAACAGGUUUCAGUUGUCGCUGUGGUGGCCUUUACUGUAGCAUUCAUCGCUACUCUGAUGCACACAAUUGUUCCUAUGAUUACCGCGAAUCAGGUCAAGAAGAAAUUCGUCGUUCUAAUCCUCAAAUAGUUUGUCAGAAAGUUCAAAAAAUUUGA